UCCCACCUUCCCUCCCACGAGACAUCGAGACUCCUUCAACUCAAUUCCGCGUCCCCGAUCUCGCCUUGCUCACCCUGCCUAGUAUACUACUGUAAGUAGGAGCAGCGGUUAAGUAACCUCUUGCUCCUCCCGAUCCGAGACACCAAAGCGAGCGCGGAACCAGAGGCGAUCCAUCCAUCAAGGACAAGUUCGAAGCCGGCGUCUUGGCUCGGUUUGCUGCUGUAAUCAAGAACACCCAUCCAUCCGUCGAGCUGAUCCUUGCCUGCCUGCCGCCAUGAACAACCUCUUCUCCAGCUCGUGGAAGCGCGCGGGCGACGACCUCGAGUCCGGCGGCGGCGUGGAGAUGACCGUCCCGCCGGGCGCCGCGGCGGGGGCGAGCCUGGACCGCUUCUUCGAGGACGUGGAGUCCAUCAAGGACGAGCUGCGGGACCUGGAGCGCAUCCAGCGCUCGCUGCACGACGGCAACGAGGGGGGCAAGUCGCUGCACGACGCCGCGGCCGUGCGCGCGCUGCGCUCGCGCAUGGACACCGACGUCUCGGCCGCCAUCAAGAAGGCCAAGGUGGUGAAGCUCCGGCUCGAGUCGCUGGACCGCGCCAACGCCGCCAACCGCUCGCUGCCCGGGUGCGGGCCGGGGUCCUCCACGGACCGCACCCGCACCUCCGUCGUGGCCGGGCUGCGCAAGAAGCUCCGCGACUCCAUGGAGUCCUUCUCCGCCCUCCGCGGCCGCAUCACCUCCGAGUACCGCGACACCGUCGCGCGCCGCUACUUCACCGUCACCGGGUCGCAGCCCGACGAGGCCACGCUGGAUAACCUGGCGGAGACCGGCGAGGGGGAGCGGUUCCUGCAGCGCGCCAUCGCGGAGCAGCAGGGCCGCGGGGAGGUGCAGGGCGUGGUGGCGGAGAUCCAGGAGCGCCACGGCGCCGUCGCGCAGCUCGAGCGCAGCCUGCUCGAGCUCCAGCAGGUGUUCAACGACAUGGCCGUGCUCGUCGAGGCGCAGGGGGAGCAGCUCAACGACAUCGAGGGCAACGUCGGCCGCGCCAGGUCGUUCGUCGAACGGGGCCGGGAGGAGCUGCAGGUCGCGCGAAAGCACCAGAAGAGCUCACGGAAAUGGAUGUGCAUCGGCAUCGGGAUCGUCCUCGCCGUCGUCCUCAUCAUCGUCCUCUCCAUUGUCCUCAGUAACAGAAGCAGCAACAACAGCAGCAACACCACCACCACCACCAAUCCGUAG